UCAUACUUAGCCUUAUUCUAUUAACAGGGUGAAUUAUAAUUUUUUUAGAAUUUUCAUUUCUAAAUUGUUUUCUCAUAAGAGUGAUGUUGGUGAUCAUGUGUCUAUUUUAUUAGAUGAUUGCAUUUCUUAAUAUAUAUUUUUUUAUUUCCUUUUCAAAGAAAAAGUAAUACAUUUGUCUUUUGCUUUUAGAAAGUCUAAACAUCAUUUUUGACCUAAAACUAUAACACACAUACCAAUCAUACCACACCUUUCAUGUAUAUAUAUCCUCUUCAAUCUCACGCCCCUAAUUAACCUUCCAAUUUCACAAUUAAAAUUCAAAGGUUAAGGAAAUCAAUGGAUUGGAUCCACUCAUUCUUCAACAUUGCUUUACCUCCCAUAAUUAUAUUUCUACACUUUUUGAUUCUACCAAUAUAUAUUCCAUUCAAAUUUCCACAAUCUAUAAAAACAUCCAUAACCCCUCAAGAAAACGUGGCUAGAAAAGUAGUUCUAAUUAUUGGAGCAACUCAAGGCAUUGGAGAUAUAUGUACAUACUAAUUAUCUAUAUAUGUGAGUUUAGUUUUAACAAUUAUAUAUUGUUUAUUUUGUUGAAGCUACUUGCUUAUGAGUAUGGUGGAAGAGGAGCUUUUUUGGCCCUAAUUGACAUUAAAGACAAUUUUGAAGUUAGAAGAAGAGCUCUUAAAUUAGGAUCCCCAGAUGUUAUAUCUAUUGUUGCAGAUGUUACUAGGGUGGAAGACUGUAAGAAGUUUAUAGAUGAAGCAGUUCAUCACUUUGGCCAAUGUAAUUGAUCAUAAUAAUUAGUUUGUGUGUAUUUCUUAAUCUAUAUAUAAAAUCUCACUUACAAUUAAUUUAAUUAUCUGAAUUUUAAUGCGAUGAUGGAUCAUCUGGUGAACAAUGCUGGGAUAGUAAUACUGAGCAAAUUUGAGGAUAUUGACCACAUUUCUAAUCACAAAUCGAUUAUGGAUGUUAAUUUCUGGGGUACAGUUAAUAGCAUUCACUUUGGAAUUCCACACUUGAAAAUAACCAAAGGGAAGAUAGUAGUGAUCUCUUCAAUCAGUGGAUGGUGCCCUGAUCCACUAAUAUCCAUCUAUAGUGCAAGCAAGGCAGCUUUGAUAAACUUUUGUGAGACUCUUAGAAAUGAACUUGGUUCAACUAUUGGCAUAACAAUUGUUACACCUGGUCUAAUUGGGACUAAAAUGACACGUGAACAGGUAGCUAUGAUAUGA